GUGGCAGUGAGGAGGCCCCCUAUGCCGUUUGUCACUGCCGUGUGCUGCAAAGUCAAUCAGCAUGGGCGACUUCCAGCAGUUCGAGCAGGACUUCUACCAGACGGGAUACAACACUGACGAGCACAGUCACACUCUGGCCUUUGGCUAUGACGAGUCUGCAAGUUAUCUUUAUAAUAACGAUGAAACAGAAGCUUUCACGCCAGAUGUUGCGGAACCUUCGAUGGAGCACGUCUACCGACCCGCCCAGGGCAAAGGAGCGGAUUUUCAAGAUGAAGAGCCUCCGCUCCUUGAAGAACUUGGCAUCAAUUUUGAUCACAUCUGGCAGAAGACGGUGACGGUGUUGAACCCCUUUAAGCCUGCAGAUGGCAGCAUUAUGAAUGAAACGGAUUUGACAGGUCCAAUUUUGUUCUGUGUUGCACUGGGCUUCACUUUAAUGAUGGCAGGUAAAGCCCAGUUUGCCUACGUGUACGGGAUCAGUGCUACAAGCUGUAUCGUGAUGUACGUCCUGCUCAGCCUGAUGAGUUCCAUGUCAGUGUCUUACGGCUGUGUGGCCAGUGUCCUCGGCUACUGCCUUCUGCCCAUGGUUGUCCUCUCUGCGUUUGCCGUUAUCUACUCCUUGCAAGGUGUCCUUGGCACAGUUCUGGCUUUGGUGGUGAUUUGCUGGUGUAGUUUCUCAGCCUCCAAGAUUUUCAUCUCCACCCUGGCUAUGGAGGGCCAGCAGCUGUUGGUGGCCUACCCAUGUGCCCUGCUCUAUGGUCUCUUUGCCUUACUGACGGUAUUCUAAAAAAAAACAAAAUAAACUUGUUAUUUACUGCUUACAAAAUGCUGUGAGGUGUUACAAGACUACAGCAAAGAAACGACUACCUUAAAGUGCUAGAUAAUUGUUACUUUUGACAUGCAAAAGGCAUAUUUCCUGUGUUAGAUGUGUGCUCGAAUGUUGGCAUAUUUACCCUUUUUGUUGCAUUUUUCACCAUUGAACAAACAAUCCUGUCAGAAACUGGAGAAGGAGGAGGAAGUGGCGUCCGGAAAGUGCCCCUGACAUAAUGUCACAGCCAAAUACAUGUAUAUUUACAUUUUAUUCACUUGUAAUAAUGUUAAAAAAAUGUGCAUUAACUGCUGACUUGAAACAGUUCAUGUUAGCAGUCUCUGGAAACACAUUUGGUGGGAGGGAGUUCCGCAGCCUGGCUGUUCUUGGGAUGUAGGAAGAAAGAUGACACUGGGUGUUGGACUUGGGAAUAUUGACUACGUAGGGGGGACGUAGAUUGAGUUAUGCGUGCGUUUGUUGUUUCAUCAGGAAAUGGAUGGUUUCAUGAAGAAGUAUCUGCAAAGGGAUGCAACUUUCCUCCUACGUUCAAGUGGAAGAAUUCCUGCUCUGAGUGGUUCCUUGAUCUUUAGUAAUCGAUUUGAUAAUUUGAUCAUCAAAACUUCCUUUCACCCGUAUUUUCUAGGCAAGGCAAGGCAAGUUUAUUUAUAGAGCACAAUUCAUACACAAGGUAAUUCAAAGUGCUUUACAGAAAAGAAGGGUAAAAUCACUUCAUAAAAUCAUUCCAUAAAAACAUAAAAUCAUUUUAAAAUCAUUACAUAAAAUUCCAUAAAUAAAAAAAAAAUGAUGAGUGCAGACAAAAUACUUUCGGUUGUCAUGUGCACAGUUGAAUAAAAGUGUUUGCAGUCUGGAUUUGAACAUAGUUGAGGAUUGUUGCACAUCUUCUGGAAGACUGUUCCAGAUUUUGGCAGCAUAAAACUGAAACGCAGCCUAACUGUGUUUAGUCCUGACUCUUCUCUGAGCUCGAGAUGGUUUAUGUGACUCUAAAAUGUCCGAGAUGUACUUUGGCGCAAGACCAUGAAAAGACUUGUUCACAAGAAGAGCUGUUUUAAAGUCUGUCCUCUGAUCGACAGGAAGCCAGCACAGAGACCUGAGUACUGGACUAAUAUGGUCAUAUUUCUUGGUUCUAGUCAGGACUCGAGCAGCCGCAUUCUGGAUGUACUGCAGCUGUUUUACAGCUCGUUUAGAGAGCCCGUUGAGAAGGCCGUUACAGUAGUCUAGCCUGCUGGAGACAAAGGCAUGGAUUAGUCUCUCUUAGUCUGGCUUUGACACUAUUCCCUUGAUUUUGGAAAUGUUUUUUAGGUGGUAAAAAGCUGACGAUGUUAUUGAUUUAAUGUGGCUGUUAAUGUUCAGAUCUGAGUCCAUUACUACCCGUAGAUUUCUAACCUGAUGAUUAGGUUUUAGAGAAAGAGUCUCAAGGUGGCUGAUAACAUUUUCUCUUUGUUUCUGUGGGCCAAAGACAAUGAUUUCAGUUGUGUCUGAAUUUAGCUGGACAAAGUUGUUUUGCAUCCACACACGAAUCUGUUUGAUGCAGUGACAAAGUAAAUCUGCAGGACCAUGUUCACCGGCCGUCAUUGACACGCAGAUCUGGGUGUGGUAGGACACAUUGCAGCUGCGUAUUAGCUGGCCUAAAGGAAGCAUGUACAGAUUAAACAAUAGGGGUCCCAGGAUUGACCCCUGGGGAACCCACAGGUCAUAGCCAUUUGCUCUGAGACAGAGUUACCAAUUCCAAAAAAAUACUUCCUGUCCUUCAGAUAAGACUUGAACCGGUUUAGAGCAGUACCAGAUAUUCCUGCCCAGUUUUCUUACCUCUGUAAUAAGAUCACAUGGUCAACUGUGUCAAAGGCAGCGCUCAAGUGUCACGGAACUAAAAUUGAGACUUUGCCUGCAUCUGUGUUCAGACGGAUAUCAUUUGUCACCUUGAUCAGAGCUGUUACAGUGCUGUGGUGGGGCCUAAAGCCUGAUUGGAAAGUAUCAAAGACAUUGUUAGAGAGCAGGAAGUCAGUCAGCUGUUGGUAUACAACCCAUCCUAAGACCUUUCCCAAGAAUGGCAGGUUUGAUGUGGGCCGAUAGCUGUUCAGUACUGUGGCAUCAAGACUGCUCGUCUUCAGAAGAGUAGCUGUUUACUGGCGGAUGUCAACAGUAUGGACAAAAAGAUUUGAAAAACGGAGAAAGCAAGCAUUUGUUAAAAGGAACAGCGAUCUUCGAAAAACAAGAUUCUGAUGGAACGUUGUGUCAGUUUAUGGAACAUCUGAAAAAACGAACCAAAGAAUCCAAGUCAGACAUCAAAUUUAAAAGAAUGGUUAAAACUAGUAUGUUGAGGAAAUAUGAAAUAUGUUAGUUAUGUUUGAUUGUCAUACUUUGGUUAGUUUUUAUUGUGGGGAAUGGCAUUGGUUGAGUUGUAAGUGAGGAGAUGCGUGACCGUCUGUGUGGCCGGCUGCUAUAUGUAUAUUUUUUGUUUAUAUUGUUGUUGUUUUUAAAUUGCUUACUUUCUUUGUGGCUGAAUUUUGGGGGUAAAAAAGGGGGCACAGACAAUAAGACUUGUUGUCUUUCUGCUCCCUUUCAUUCUGGUUUGAAGA